AUGGAUAAAAGAGGAUUUUUUGGUAUUGUUAAGGAUAUAUUCUACUCUAAUGCUUUAGAUGAAAAUGAAGGACAUCUCAGAAGCAUGAGCCAGAAUCUUAGUCCUGUCAUUUUACAGUUAAAUAAUAAAACGCUAUUGUCACCAACUAAAACACCAAUUUACAAUAGUGUUGGAAUCAAUUCUUCUCCAAGAUCUCCUAGUCCCGCAAGUAACUUACUCUCCCAUCCAUCAAAUUAUAGGCAUAAUACCAAUCCAUCACAAAUAAACAAGAAUCCACUGCUAGAGGAAAGAAAGGUUAGUUCCCUGAAAGAUAUAGAAUCCAGUAGUACAGCUGACAAAAAUGGAAGGAAUUUAUCCGCUCUUGAAAUUACAGAUAAGUUACUCUUUUCAAUGGAUAAUGACAACUUGAUCUUGAAUGAUAUUGAAGAUGAGCUCGAUGGUUUUACACCAAUAGAUACUUAUGUGGAAUCAAAGGACAUGCCCACUAAAUAUAACAACUCGAUGAGAAUAACAAAAUUGAGAUCUUGCUACAAUAUUGACAUUGGAAGGGCAAUAAGUAAUUGCUAUGGGGACUAUUUGAAAAGAAUUGGUAAUAACUUUAGAAACUUAGAGAUGGAAUUUCAGCAACAAUACCAAGCAAUUACAAUAAAUGGUGGAUUUGAGGAGUUGAUUAGUUUGUUGGUAAAUUUAACAUCAAUAAAAGAAGAAUUAAGGUCUGGAAAUCUAAUAUAUCGUUCUGAUUGUUUGGUGUCUGAAAUGUCGGUAUAUCUAGAUCAUUACUUCGAGUUACUAGAAGUUAAUGAAAAUUUGCUUAGAGAUAUUGACCAAUACAAAUUACGGUAUUCCUAUAUGGUAGAUAAAGUUCGAAAAUCUGAAAGUUCGAUCGAAAAAUGUAACUCUCUUAUUGAAAAGCAGCAAGCCUUUAAAAAGAAAUUAGUGCACACACUAAGAGGUUUAAUAUUAUUUGAUAUUCCACUGGGACAGGUAAUACUGGACUACAUAGAACAAUGCAAUGGUAACACCACUUUUGAACAGACCUUUAGAGAGAAGAACUCAGCAAUUACAAAUUUCUUGACUACAGCUAGCACAAAAAAAAUAAAUCUUCUUCAAAAAGAGAAUGACAGUCUGACCAAGGACAUAAAACUGGUGAAAGAAGCUCAAAAAUCAUUGACAGACACCAAUAAGAACUUGAAAGAGGAAAAUGACUUAUUAAAAGGCAGAAUGGAGUUAUUGAAGCAAAAACAAGAAAAGGAAAUUCAAGAGCUUAAGAAGGAAAACAAGCGCUUAUUAACUAUGAACGUUGGCCUAACUAAAGAAUUGGACGAAAUUAAAAGAGAUAAAGGGAAAUUGGAAGGAAAUCUGUUGAAAGAAAAAAAUAAAAAUACCUUAUUGAAAAAUGAACUUGCUUCCAUUGCUAAUGAUAAUAAUGAUCUUAAGAGUAGUCUUCAAAAUCUUGAAGGAAACAUUGAAGAAUCAUUAACAGAAGAGGCUUUGAAGGUCAGAUUUAUUUCUCUUUCUUCUGAAAACUACAAUACAUUAGAUGUCGAAUGUAUUGAUAGACAAGAUUUAGUUUCACUGCGAAACUUACUCAAGGUAUUAACUUUAACGUUAGAAAUACCAUUUUCAAAAUUACAAACAACUAUCCCUUUACUAGCUAUUCGUUUGUAUCACGAAAACACUUCGCUACUGAGCUUUUGCAACACAUUACACAUGCAUUUGUAUGGAAAGCCUUUGGCAAUAAAAAAUUAUAGGAGAUGGGCAUAUGCAGAUUAUCUUAAGACAUGCAACAUACAUGAAGUACAGCAUCCUAUUAAGCCCAUAUUGGAAGCAAUGUUCAAUAAAAUUGCACCUAAAGUUUGA